CGGAGUUGGCCAAUGCAAAUCUUAUGUCUUGAGAAAGAGCUGGCCCAUCAAUUUAGAAGAACGAUAUCGAGAGAGCGAAUGUCACGUUGGCAACUUAUGAUAUUGAUCGGUGAUGCGAUGCAAUCAGGUUUAAUCCAGCAAGCAAACUGAGAAGAUUCCUGUGAAGGGCAGCCUUAAGGCACAGUUACCCAACACAGUAGGAACCGGCUGGACUGAGAGGGUGCCGGCUGACUGGGUGCCGGUUGCUGUAGCAUCAUGAAUCUAGAGAAGAAUGGAACGGGAGAGAGGGAUGUUGAAGGGAUAAAGCCUCGGAGAUGGGAUAAGAGAUGGAGCCUGUACUUAGUUACUAAACUGGCGCUGUCCAUAGUGCUGAUGCUCUUUGCGCCCCCUCUGGUGAAUGCUCAGAAUGACACUGAACCUAUCGUGCUGGAAGGCAAGUGCCUGGUGGUCUGUGACUCAAACCCGUCUUCUGAUGGAGCCGUCACUUCAUCUUUAGGGAUCUCAGUUCGCUCUGGGAGUGCCAAGGUCGCCUUCUCAGCCAUUAGGAGCACCAACCAUGAACCAUCCGACAUGAGUAAUCGCACCAAUACCAUCUAUUUCGACCAGGUGCUAGUAAACGUUGGGACCCACUUUGACCUUGCCUCCAGCACAUUUGUAGCGCCAAGGAAGGGGAUCUAUAGCUUCAGUUUUCAUGUGGUGAAGGUGUACAACAGGCAAACGAUUCAGGUAAGCCUAAUGCAGAACAACUACCCAGUGAUCUCUGCCUUUGCUGGGGACCAGGAUGUCACCAGAGAAGCAGCCAGUAAUGGAGUUCUUCUGCAUAUGGAAAGAGCUGAUAAAGUCCACCUAAGACUGGAAAGAGGGAACCUCAUGGGAGGUUGGCAAUAUUCCACCUUCUCUGGCUUUUUAGUUUUUCCACUAUAAAAAAAGAAAAAAAAAUAUAAAAAAAACCACCCAAGAGUUCUGGAUUUUGUUUCUUUCCGUGUAGCCAUUAAUGUGGCGGAACAAGACAUCACUUUCAGCAUCCCUCCCCGACUGCCACUAAAGAAGAAUGAAUUCUCUUCUCGCUAAAAUAUUAACUUUGAUAUCGACAUUUUCCCUGGGAAACUGCGCAUCUAAUUAGUUUUAGACGACAGUGAUCUUUAGGAUAAAUGAAAUUAUCGACCCAAGCAAUUUGUACCCGUGAUUGUAAAGUCAAUAUCGGAAUUUAUUGUUGGGAUCAUUGACUCUUUUUCGUUGUCGUUCUGAGACGAAUCCUCGGACCACACAAUUGAUGUCAAGAAUCACAAAAAGAAAUUCACAAUCCAGAAUCAGUGUUCUUGCAAUGCUUUCUUUAGUUUGUGUAUAGCCUUAAGAAACGAAUGGCUUCAGUCUGAGUAAUGUAUAUUUUUGGAUUUCUGGACAUGACUGUGUCAAGAAGUGCUUUAUACACAGAAGCCUAUUUUGCACGAUUGGAAUUACCUAUUUCGUUUUGUGUUGUACGUGUAUCUUGAUAUUUUAUUUCAGGGUGCUGAAGGUGUACAUUAGGUCGGCCAGUGAGAGAAAAUAUAUACCUGUAAAUGAAAAGUAAAGCUUCUCAAUGAAUAACUGUCUAUUAUUUCCAAA